GGCGUCCAUGAUGAUUUUUUCACGUGGUUUUGUUGCCAAUGCUUGUUGAAGUUGCGGCAUAGCAGAAUUUUUCACGAAAAUGGAUAUUUUAGAGGAAAUUUUGGAUAAAGAGGCAAAGAAAAAUGAAAAAUACAAGGCUACGGACGUCACGAAAAAUGUUGAGCUGGAAUUCGACAUCGGAAACCUUUUGGCCACGGACACAAAUGAACUGGACCUGAAGCAACUAAAGUCAAGUAAAGAAGACUAUUUGAAAAUUUUGGCCCGAGACAACACGCAGCUGCUGUUGAACAAAAUUUGGGAAUUGCCUCUUGAGAGACGCGAAGAAAUUGUAGUUGCCCAAUUGCCUGUCGGAACAACAAGAUUGCCCAGGGAGAAACCUUGCCCUAAACCAAGGCCCCUGACCAAAUGGCAAGAGUACGCGCUAGAAAAGGGAAUCAAGAAGAAGAAGAAGACCAAUCUUGUGUGGGACGACAUGGUUCAGAAAUGGGUUCCACGAUUUGGAUAUCGCAAAGCAGAAUUGGAGAAACAAAAGGACUGGGUGCUGGAGGUGCCUGGGAACGCUGAUCCCAUGGAGGACCAGUUUGCGAAGAAGGCCGAGAAGAAGAAGGAAAAGGUUUCCAAGAACGAAUUUCAGAGGUUGAGGAACAUUGCCAAGGCCAAGAACAUCAAAGUUCCCAAGGAAGGAUUGCCCCCUGUUGAAAAACCCUCAUCUGCCCUGUUAACGACUGCCACUGAUGUCGCGAGAGUUUCCACCGCUUCGUUAGGAAAAUUCCAACCUAAGCUGCCAAAAGAAAAGGCGAUCAAACAAAAUGCUAUUGUUCAAAAGAGGGCCAAGAGAGAUCAUUCAAAAAUCAGUUCGAAUGACGAAAAGACGUCUCAGCUGAAAAUUAUCGAAGGAAUCUUAGGAAAGAAACCCAAGCUAGAUCUGGAGAAGGCACUCGGCAGACACGUAGAGCAACAAGAUGCUUCUGAUGAACGUAAACCCAAGAAGGCAAAGGGAGGCAAAAAGGGUAGGAAAAAGAGCAUUCCCAGCAAGGCCAGGAAGGGAGGAAAAGUGAGCAAAGCUAGAGUUGGAAAGGUCGACACCAGGAAAAGUAAGGGAGGAAUUGGUGGUGGCAGGAAGAGGAGGUAGACGUAUAAAGUUGAUAUACUCAUAAAUCAUGAUUAUAAUAAAACAAAUAAAAGAAGAAUUGUUUAUUAAAUCAAAAUU